AUUUACAGUAGGGCUCAGGAGAAGGGAAGAGUUAGAGCUAAUGUUGAGUUAACCUCAGUGAUCUGAUAAUUCUCCUGUCCUUUACCUCUCAUCUUUUUUGCUUCCCCUUUUCUGCACUUCAUAAGCUCUUUCCUCCUGGGGACUGAGUUAUCCAAUCUGAGCUAAUCUUGGAAAGGACUGUGGUCUCUCUUCAGCCCUGGAUCCCAUCAUGGACCUUCUGUUUCUGCUGCAUUUAUUCCUGUCUUUCUUGGACAAGUCCUUUUCUCAAGAUCAUCCAUGUUUUGACAUUCAUGUCCAAGAGCUUGUGACUGUUCAGGAGGGGCUGUGUGUUUCCAUCCCUUGCUCUUUCAAUGAUUCCACCCAAUACAUUGAUAACAACCAAACCUAUGUAUACUGGUUCCAGAAGAUAAAUGAGGAAAAACUCAUGGCCACCAAUGACCUCAGAAAAAAUGUUCAAUCCUCGGCUGGGGGCCACUUCCAGCUCAUUGGGGACCUUCAUAGGAAGAACUGCUCUUUGAGCAUUACUGGAGUCACAAAAAAGGAUCAUGGAAAUUACUCAUUCCAUGUGAGAAAAGGAGACCUUUUGUCAUCUAAAAUGCUGUUUGUCCAUGUGGAAGAUUUGACACAGAAGCCAGAGAUCCUUAUUCCAGACAUUCUAGAGUCUGGGUGCCAAGUGACCCUAACCUGUAUAGCUCCUGGAAACUGUAAAGAGGGAACAUCACCUAAAUUCCUCUGGACUGGCUCUGCUCUUUCAUCACGUGGAUUUGUCUCCCAAGAUUUUCAGUCCCCCAAACUCCUCUUUACCCCCAAAGUACAGGACAAUGGCACAAAUCUCACCUGUCAGGUGACAUUCCCAGUGGCCAAUGUGAUCACCGAGACAACUGUCCAGCUCAGGAUUGCCUACUCCCUAAGAAUACUUAACCACUCUUGCUUGUGGACAGAGGAAAGAUUACUCUGCACUUGCUCCAUCCUGGGAAAGCAGACUUCCUCCUUGCACUGGUGGGUGGGAGAGAGCAUGGUGGAUAGAAACAGCACUAAUGACACCCUUCGGGUUGUGUACAAUACCUCUGAGAAUCAGAUCAACAGCAGUCUAACCCUGAAACCAGACCCUGGUCUUAGUAUUCGCUGCGAAGGGAGGGACCUACAUGGGACCCAAAGUGUCAGUGUCCUGCUACUGAUACCAGGUAAAGGAAGUGGGGUUCCUGGGUGGAAGGGAAGAGAAUUCUGAGGGGACUGGGUUCCAGGAAAAGUACAGGAGAAAGGAGAGGUGUGAGGAGGGGAACAAAAUCUUUAAAUCAUAAGAUCUGGUACCCAGUCACUCAGUAUUUGUGAGUUGCUAGGCAAAACACUAAAUCCAUCUUUAAAGGAGAAAAAAAGGAAGGAAGGAAGAAAAGAAAGAAGGAAAAGAGGAAAGAGGGAUGGAAGGAGGAAGAGAGGAAUAGAGGAAGAAAGGAAGGAAUGGGGGAGGGGAGGAGAAAAGAAGGGAGGAAGGGAGGGAGAAAAGAGGGAGGAUUGAGGAAAAUAAACACAACUAGAUGAUGCAGUGGAGAGAAUUCUGGGCCUGGAAUCAGGAACAUCUGAAUUCAAAUGAGCAAGUCACUUAACCUCUAUCUGUUUUAGUUUCCCCAACUGUAAAAUGUGAAUAAUAAUAGCAUCUACCUCCCAGAGUUGUUGACCCAAUCAAAUGAGAUAAUAUUUGUAAGUUGCCUAACAAAAUACCUGGAACACAGCAGGUAUUUAAUAAGUAUUGAUUUCCUUCUUUCUCUGCAAGUGUCCAGAUUUGCCAUGACUUCUGGGUCUGGAGAUGACAUUCAUCUCCAAAGAAAAAGCCACAAACAAGAGACCAAUACCACAAACACAAAGUUCUCCCAGGAUGCUAUUUACAGGCCUGGCUCAGCUCAAAAUGAUUAGCAUUGAAGACCAUUAAAAUUUUAUGUUUUACUCAAUGUCUGGGAAGCUGUCAGACUAGCCAGGUCACUGGUUGGUUUUAUGGAAGCACCUGCCUAUUCGGGGAACCCUCUUAUUCCUGGGAUCCUCAGUGCUGGAGAAGGGGAAGGAAGGAUGGCAAAGGAAAUAGCUCCUCUGAGACUGCAUCUCUUUUCAGGUAAUACCUCCUCCAGUCCAUGGAACUACUUGAAUUGGAUAAUUAAGGGAGCCCUGUGUGGAAGCAUCAUAAGUGCGCUAUUCUUCACAUGCGUGGCAGUUUGCUUAGUGAAGAUAUUUAGGGGGAAACAGUCUAAUGAAGACUUGAAGACUCCCAGGUCUACCGCCAACACCAAGACAGAAUCUAGUGAUAUCACACUGGUUGAAUAUGAGAAUUCUGAGAAGUACAGUCCCUCGGAGAAGCCUCCCUCACCUGUGCUGGAUUCCUCCUCACAGAAAGACAACCUGGUACAAUACGCCUCUAUUACUUUCAAAGCCCAGAAGGCCCAAAAUAUGGUCAACCCAGAAGACACUCACACUGAGUAUUCAGAACUCAAAUUCCAAUAAAGAGACUGGAGCAAGAAGAGUGGGGACUACUUGGGAUUAGGGUCAAGUUGGAGCACUGCUUUGAGGAAAAAAAAGAUGCUGUCAGCAUGAAUCCAUAAGGAGUAUAUUGAGCUUAGUCACUCUGGGGGAGAUGAGAGAGAGAGAGAGAGAGA